GUUUUCCUUCGCAGGGGUCGACGAACCGCCUUCAGCUUAGCCUGCUGUCCGUGCAUGGACCAACGCCCUCAGGACCUUCUCGCAGCACCAGGGUAGAUGUGGCAUCCACCGCAGUUGGUGCAUCAGCCAUCGCCCUCGCUCGAAGGCGGGCCACACGUGCUUCUUGCCGCGCAGACCCUUCUGACCUCGAGAAGGAAGCCGCUCGCAUCCGUGCCGAAGCUCUGGCCUUGGAGGAAGAGCAGAAGCAGCAGCGUCGGGAACAGCGAGCAUUGGAAUGGACAGAUGGAAAGAAGAGCAUCUCAGUGGCUGAACUGAGACUGAAGCUGCAGAAGGAGGAGAAAACGAACUUCAGUGAAAACGAGGUUCGCGAUCUCUUAAACUCGAAGGAAGCUUCAACGGAAAACCUCAGCAGGGAAGAGUUUCAAGAUCGACUGAGAAUGUUGGUGGCAGCCAAAAGGGAGACAGCCAGAGCACUGGAAGCUGUUGCAAAGAGGGAACAAGAAGCAGAGGCAUCAGUGGCUUCCAUGAAGGAAGAGCUGGGCAAUGUUUUUGCCACUGAAGUGGAUGGAGAAGAUCGCAGUCUGCCAACUCGUUUGGUUGCAUCCUUGGUCUAUAUUCUGCCACUCAUGGAUGGUUUCCAAUUCGGCCUCCCAUUGCUUGAGAUUUUCCCAGGAGCUCUGCCCAUUGUGAAGCUUAUUGCGCCCUUGCUGAUGCUGAAGAACGCCAUUCCCUUUGGCACAUUCAUCUUCCUGAUUCUUUUCCAAGCCCAAGCACGCAAUGGUGACCUCCCUCAGAUCUUGCGUUUUAAUUUGGCACAAGCAGUGGUGCUUGAUGUCCUCUUCAUUAUCCCCGACUUCUUCAUGUCGAUUAUCUCUAUGGAAUUGCCAACUAGCCUUCUAGUCGCCUUGUUCGUGAUUCUCUUUGGUGUCAUGGUCUAUUCGGUCACCCUGACGUUACUUGGAAAGGUCCCAGACGGCCUUGGUGGCAUCUCUGACAUGACCCGGCGAAACCUGGGCCGUGGCUUCUGA